AUGGGGAGGAAGGGCUGCUCUUGUACGGACAGGAGAAGAGUCGUCCUGAAAACACCAGAAGCCACCCGCAGAAGAACUUCCAAAGUGCUCUUGAACACCUUAACUUUUAUCAGAAACUUGUCGUCUUAUCACAUGCCUUGGGAGGAUCAGCUUGUCCUCUCGCAGCAGAACUGGGCCCCUCUUGUUGUCCUGGGCAUGGCACAAGAUUUCACAUCUUUAGCAGACGUUCAGAAGAUGAAGAAUUUAUUGUGGAAAUUUUGGGACCGGGAUGUAAGUGCAAAAGAAUAUGCCUAUAUUAAAGGAGUUAUUCUUUUUAAUUCUG